AUGGGACGCCCGGUGUGCCUCGCGAUAGUGACGCUGGUGCUGGUAAUGGUGCGUGAUGUACACGGGGUAAGCGGUAUAUACGUGAACAAUCACAAGAUUGACAAGUUUGAGACGGAUCGUGUGAAACUGAUUCGCCCAUCGGACGCACCCCACCAAGAGCACGCGACUUAUGUCAGUAAGCAUGGUUUGCUGACCAAGGAUAACUUUACCAACGUGCAGCAGUACUAUCAGUAUCUGGUUGGGGAGAAUCCUGCCAGUUACAUUGAUUUGCUGUGGGGCAAAAAUAAAACACAACUGCCAUCGAUCUUUCGCAUCGGAAGUGUAGCAUCGGCUGGAGGUGGCUAUACGACUAGGGUGCCAUCUACUGCCGCUAGCAAUCUUACCGGCUACCCGCUCAACUAUUCUGAUGAUCAAACCGCAAUCAAAAACACGCUCAACAAUACGAAUCUGGCGUACUACGGUGACUACCAGCGUCCUCAAACACCUCAAUCAACUGUGGCGCCCGUAGUGUCUUUGCUGCAACCGGCUACUACUAUCCGCCCACCAGCGAAUCCUACCAGAAAGCGAAGAAAGAAGAAACCGAACACUGGCGUGUCGUCCGCUCAGCAGAUGUCACUACCGGCAGUACUUGGCGCGAUUGGUACACCACCGUCAGACACAACCAAAGCCGAACUAACACCAGAAACAUUGUCACUGUUAAGCCGUUACUACUCCUUCAGCUGCACACUGACACCCGUACAAGCGUCGGCGCAUCCGACAAAGUCCACCCUUCCACCGGUCAGUACGACGCGCAGAACCAAAACACGCUACCUGACAAGCGUGCGGCCUACUACGGCGAGAACCACUACCAAGCGACCGAAGCCCACCGCUCUGUCGACGGGUGGGAAGCAAAAGAAGCCCGUGGUGUAUGUGGAACCGCCGGUGAUAAAGCGUAUCGGUGGUAUGCUCGAAUCGGUGUACACGUUUAUGGAGAACGCUCUCACCAGCACCGAGUACGUGGAAGACUCGGAAGAGACGCGUGCAGUGAAGCGCCAAGGUGGGCUGAACGAAACCUCACCGAAGCGCUCCAAAGUGAAGCGUAACACGUACCCGAAAGCGUCUGCUGCCGGAGCGGCCGAAGAUACUGGCAGUGCAUCGGACGAGCCGGAUGCUGCGUCGCGAUCGACGCUCGCCGCGACAGACCAAACAUGGCUACCGGUGGCGAACGAUGCAGUGUCCAAAGUUACCAAACAAUUCACCCCCAAACUGGUUACCAUCUCGGGACUCCCAGCGACACUGAGUACCGAUGGGAAUAAAAACAAGAUGACCACAAACAUUCAGGUGACGAGCGAGUAUACGGCUGCAACGCCACCGACCGUUACGCUCGGGAAGCCACGGCCUGACGACAGUGCGGAUUACGAUGAUAGCAGUGAGGAGGAAUCGGAAGAGGAUUACUUCGGUGGGUUUGGGGGCGGGUUCGACGAAGCGGACGACGACGACGAUGAGGAUGAUGAGGACGAGGAGGAUGAUGGUGAGGUGUACGGUGGUGGUAGCAGUGACCUAGUGCGCCCUAACCGUCAAACAGCACUGACAAAUGAUAAGGACUAUGAGGAAGUUAGCACACACGUGGAACGUCCGGUGCGUAUAAAGCGUGUGAAGAAGCGGCGCAGAAAGAAGCGUCCGGCAGCUAGCUACGAGGAUUCGUCCGACUAUAGCGAGGAAGAUGGUUCCAGCGAGCUGGAGGAUGAGUACGACGACCGGAACGAAUCGAAUGGCGAGGAGGAUGAGGACGACGAUUACGAGUCGGGCGAAUCGCCGGACGAUGCGGAAGGGUUCUUCAGUAGAAUGUUUUCCUCCUUCGGACGAUUUGUUCGUUCGCUUGGGUUUGGAGCGGCGGCACGCGGAACGCCGGAUGACUACGAUGAGUACGAUGGGGGAAGUGCGCGCAGCACAACGCCUCGUAUGCAGAGUGUACGUAGACGGCCUACGCGCAGUACAUCGGACGAUGCCGCACCUGCAACACCGGAUUGGGCCGAUGCACCGGGUUCGUAUCUUAUAAACGAUUUAGAGGAGGAGAUUGCUGUGCCAGUAGUGCCCACGCUGGAGAUACCGGCAGCUGCUGCACCGUCCACUGCCACCACCAGCUCCGGAUGGUUUGAGAUGAUGAUGCCGUGGGAUUUUUUCAACCCUUGGAACUCGGAAAUCGGGUCGUCCGAGAGUGUGGACGACCAGGGAGAGCACGUUACGAAACCACCCGCCAUUACCGUUGAAUCGUAUCCGACGGUGGAGCAAACAACACCAACAUCAGCUUCCCCAGUGUCUGGCUGGUUGUCACAGUUUUUUGGAGCAAGUACCACCAAGCCACCGUCUACAACUACUGCUCUACCCAAACCCGAGCAGCUACUCUCUGUGCUGGCACAGUAUGUCGCACAAACUGCAGCAACCAAACGACCUACGAUGGUAGGUUCGGUAUCCGAUUCGGUCAAACCUUCUGCUCAAGCUCCGGUGUCCUACACCAACUAUCAAUUGUGGCGCAUUUUUGUACACACCGCGGAUCAAUUGCAACGGCUAGAAGACUACCGACAAUCGCCCGACGGGGUACGGCUGCAAUGGUGGAGCAAUCCGUCACUGGUACGCCCAGCGGAUGUGCUGGUACCACCCGGUGCGAAGGGUGAAUCGUUGCGCGAGUAUCUGGAAGAGGAAGGACUCCGUUACGAACCUACCAUACGCGACGUAGGUCAAGCGAUUGCGUACGAAAAUCCACGCAUGACGCGGCGCGAGCAGAUGCAGCUGGAGCUACGGAACGGUCAUCCACUGACGUGGUAUCGGUACCAUCGGUAUGGAGAUAUCGUGAAGUUUAUGCACUACCUCCAGCGACGCUAUCCCCAGCGAGUGCAGCUACUGCAUAUCGGGCGCUCGUACGAAGGCAGACCCGUUACGGUGGUGCGUGUAUCGUUCGCAACGCAACGUCCUAAGCGAUCGCGAAAACCGGCCAAGAAAAGGCCGGCCAUUUUCGUCGAGGCAGGUGCAAAUGGAAAUCAGUGGAUAGGACCAGCAGUUGCCACAUGGCUGCUGAACCGAUUGGUGGAUGUACCUGAGCCAGGGCAAGGUAAUAGUACGCCGUCCGGCGAGUCUGUUGACUUGAAGACGGUACAAUCGUACGAUUGGUUUGUACUGCCCGUGCUGAACCCGGAUGGGUACGAGUACAGCCACCGACACGAUCGGAUGUGGUCCAAGAAUCGUUCCAAUCAAACGCAACCAAUACCGUCCGGAGUUGGGCAGGCAAUCUUGUCAAGCGCAAUCAACUGGUGGAAUGCUCACAAGCCACAGCUAACAGAGGAAAGCCGUCCGGAGGAGAUAUGUCACGGUGUUGAUCUUAACCGCAACUGGGCCUACCGUUGGCAGCUGGCAAACGACCCAAUCUACCGUACACAGUGCAGCGACAGUUACGCCGGUUCCGAACCAUUCUCCGAGCCGGAAGCUCGCGCAGUGCGCGAUUUUCUCCUCACGAAACGGCGCAACCUACGGUUGUAUCUGUCACUGCAGGCGUACGGACAGAUGCUUGGCUAUCCCGAGAUCGAUAGUGUUAGCGCUACGCGCGACAGGGAACGGUACGGGCUGGACACGUACGGUGAUGUGCACGAGAUGGCCACGGUCGGGCUGGACGCGAUGCGUACCGAGGCUGGUGAGUUUCUGUACAAUCUCGAGCCGGAAGCGGGCCCGCUGACGUACGGCACGGCGACCGGGUACGCACGGCACGGUGCCGGUAUACGGUACAGCUACACGCUACGGCUGCCGGAUAAAGGAACGCACGGUUUGCUGCUGCCACCGUCGAGCAUCGUUUCGAUUGGGCGCGAUGUGUUUGAGCUGCUGAAAGGCAUGAUCGAGUAUAGCUAG